AUGAGUAUCAACAUCUUUCUUCCUUUAUUUUUACUUUCUUUUUUUAUUACUUCUCAUUUCUUCUUUCUUUUUUACGUUCUUUCUCUCUUUCUUUUUUUUACUUUCGUUCUUUCUUUCUUUCUUUCUUUUUUACUUUCGUUCGUUCUUUCUUUCUUUUUUACUUUCGUUCUUUCUCUCUUUCUUUUUUACUUUCGUUCCUUCUUUCUUUCUUUCUUUUUUACUUUCGUUCCUUCUUUCUUUCUUUCUUUUUUACUUUCGUUCUUUCUUUCUUUCUUUCUUUUUUACUUUCGUCCUUUCUUUCCUUUUUUUACUUUCGUUCUUUCUCUCUUUCUUUUUUACUUUCGUUCUUUCUUUCCUUUUUUUUACUUUCGUUCUUACUUUCUUUCUUUCCUUUUUUUACUUUCGUUCUUUCUCUCUUUCUUUUUUACUUUCGUUCUUUCUUUCCUUUUUUUACUUUCGUUCUUUCUUUUUUUCUUUCCUUUUUUUACUUUCGUUCUUUCUCUCUUUCUUUUUUACUUUCGUUCUUUCUUUCCUUUUUUUACUUUCGUUCUUUCUCUCUUUCUUUUUUACUUUCGUUCCUUCUUUCUUUCUUUCUCUCUGUUUUUACUUUCGUUCGUUCUUAAUUUUUUAACUUUCGUUCUUUUUUACUUUCGUUCUUUCUUUCUUUUUUACGUUCGUCCGUUCUUUCUUUUUUUACUCUCUUUCCUAUUUUUGCUUUCGUCCUUUCUUUCUUUUUUAUUUUUAUUCUUUCUUUACUUUUUUUUUUACUUUCGUUCCUUCUUUCUUUCUUUUUUACUUUCGUUCUUUCUUUCCUUUUUUUUACUUUCGUUCUUUCUGUCUUUCUUUUUUACUUUCGUUCCUUCUUUCUUUCUUUCUUUCUUUCUUUUUUACGUUCGUCCGUUCUUUCUUUUUUUACUCUCUUUCCUUUUUUUUGCUUUCGUCCUUUCUUUCUUUUUUACUUUUAUUCUUUCUUUACUUUUUUUUUUUACUUUCGUUCCUUCUUUCUUUCUUUUUUACUUUCGUUCUUUCUUUCCUUUUUUUUACUUUCGUUCUUUCUCUCUUUCUUUUUUACUUUCGUUCCUUCUUUCUUUCUUUCUUUUCUUUCUUUUUUUACGUUCGUCCGUUCUUUCUUUUUUUUCUCUUUUCCUUUUUUUUGCUUUCGUCCUUUUCUUUCUUUUUUACUUUUAUUCUUUCUUUUUUUUUUUUUACUUUCGUUCCUUCUUUUCUUUUUUUUUACUUUCGUUCUUUUCUUUCCUUUUUUUUUACUUUCGUUCUUUCUCUCUUUCUUUUUUACUUUCGUUCCUUCUUUCUUUCUUUUUACGUUCGUCCGUUCUUUCUUUUUUUACUCUCUUUCCUUUUUUUUUUUGCUUUCGUCCUUUUUUUCUUUUUUACUUUUAUUCUUUUUUACUUUUUUUUUUUUUUUUUUUUCGUUCCUUCUUUCUUUCUUUUUUUACUUUCGUUCUUUCUUUCCUUUUUUUUUUUACUUUCGUUCUUUCUCUCUUUCUUUUUUUACUUUCGUUCCUUCUUUCUUUCUUUCUUUCUUUUUUACGUUCGUCCGUUCUUUCUUUUUUUACUCUCUUUCCUUUUUUUUACUUUCGUUCGUUCUUUCUUUCUUUCUUUCUUUUUUACUUUUGUUCUUUCUUUUCUUUGUUUUACUUUCGUUCCUUCUUUCUUUCUUUUUUACUUUUGUUUCUUCUUUCUUUUUUUACGUUCGUCCGUUCUUUCUUUUUUACUUUCUUUCCUUUUUUUUACUUUCGUUCUUUCUUUCUUUCUUUUUUACUUUUGUUCUUUCUUUUUAUUUUUUUACUUUCGUUCCUUCUUUCUUUCUUUGUUUUUUACUUUCGUUCGUUCUUUCUUUCUUUUUUACUUUCGUUCUUUCUUUUCUUUUUUUACUGUCGUUCUUUCUUUCUUUUUUACUUUCGUUCCUUCUUUCUUUCUUUCUUUUUUACUUUCGUUCCUUCUUUCUUUCUUUUUUACUGUCAUUCAUUUUUUUCUCUCUGUUUUUACUUUCGUUCGAUCUUACUUUUUUAA